AUGGAGUCUCCAAGCGAAUCGCGCGAUGCCGUCGCAGAAUCCUCGUCUCCCGCCUCGGCACCACCUGCCCCCGAACCAACAAAGCAGGAAUCGCUACCGGGACGCAUGAAAGGACUGUCAAUCUCGACCGGUACAACAGAUCCGGUUUCACCUUCCGUCUCCGAAGCUCCUCCUCCGCCACCAGAAAAAGACGAGGCCUAUCUCAACCCGAACUCGCAGCCCGCAAUGCCCCCGCAAUCCCCGACCAAACCUUCCUCCGAGUGGACCGAGAAAGAAUUACCCGAUGUUCCCGGGAAAGGCAAUGAUGAGAAGGGUGCCAAGAAAGCGGAGAGUGGCCAGGACGAUGAUUCGCAACCUGAAAUACAGCACAUCAUGGAGCAGUUCCGGGACUCUUUACAUGGCGAUGGCCAGGAGCAGAUCAUGUCGCCCCGGUUAGAACUGGCGGAGCAGUUUCUCAGUGGCGCUACACACUUUCCUCCCCGUCAUUCAAGCUUGGAUCAGCACAAGUCAUCUGCCGAGAGCGCCCAGAGCUCCGAUGCUGCUCAAGCAGCGUCAUAUUUGCCCGAGAAGCAGCGCCCGUCGAUAUCAAAGAACUUACCCAAGUCUCCUCCUGCCGAUGAGGUGUCGACGCGGCGGUCUUCCACGUCCACGGUUCCCCCGCUGCCAGAACCUGAACCCGACCAACCGUUCGAUUUUCAUCGAUUUCUCGAGCAACUGCGGCAUCGCACGGCUGAUCCGGUGGCCAAAUUCCUACGCUCUUUCCUUCACGAGUUCGGGAAACGGCCGUGGAUGGUCCACGAGCAAGUUAAGAUCAUCAGUGACUUUCUGACGUUUAUCACCAACAAGAUGGCUCUCUGUGAAGUCUGGCGCCAUACUUCUGACAGCGAGUUUGACAAUGCCAAGGAGGGCAUGGAGAAACUCGUAAUGAAUAGAUUGUAUUCCCAGACCUUCUCGCCGGCGAUACCAGGUCCGCCAGCAAUUCCCAGAAGCGCUAGUAGGAGUAAGCGAAGAGAGAUGGAAAGGCUCCAUGGCCCGUGGAGACGGGGUCAGCACCAGGAAGACAUCGAACGAGAUGAUGUGCUGGCUCAAAAGAUGCGAAUAUACAGCUGGGUCAAGGAGGAGCAUCUGGACAUUCUGCCAGUGAGAGCCAGCGGGCAUCGAUUCUUGAAUCUCGCUCAACAAGAGCUUUUGAAAAUCAACGGCUACCGGGCCCCUCGCGAUAAGGUCAUUUGUAUCUUAAAUUGCUGCAAGGUCAUUUUCGGUUUGUUGAGAAACACAAAGAAGGGCGAUACAUCGGCCGAUUCUUUUAUACCCUUAUUAAUUUACGUGGUUCUCAAGGCGAACCCAAAUCACCUUGUCUCUAAUAUACAAUACAUCCUUCGAUUCCGCAACCAGGACAAACUGACAGGGGAGGCUGGCUAUUACCUAUCGUCGCUGUCUGGCGCUAUCUCCUUCAUCGAGGGGCUUGACCGCACGAGUCUCACGGUGGACGAUGAGGAGUUUGAGCGAAAUGUCGAAGCCGCGGUCUCCGCCAUCGCCGAACAAAACCGCGAGUCUGAAUCCCUGGAGCGCAAACCGAGCAGCCGCUCAGCCGAGACUUCCCAAACCCCCUCACGAGCUUCGACUGAGGCCCCUCGGGGCCGAAGAGGGGCCCCGCAGUCCAGCGAGGAGGACAACGCACCAGUUGCGGGCCUCCUACGCACUAUCCAAAAGCCCUUGACCACCAUCGGGAAGAUCUUCUCCGACGAACCAGAAUCUCCAGAGGAACGGCCAACGCAGCCUGUAGCACCUGCCCAGUCUGGAGCAGCACGCCUUAAUCCCAACGUGUAUCAGCCCCCGCGCAAUAGUGGUGAAGAAUCUCGGGGUGGAAAUGCAGCCCAAGCACGGAAUAUCGACGCCCAAGAUACUGCAGCCCGCCAAGCUAGCGCUGAGGAUGCAGAGGCACGGAGGAUCCAGCGAGCCGAGCACAUUAAUGUGGUGGAGACCUUGUCGAACAUGUUCCCCAACCUUGACCGUGACGUCAUCGACGACGUUGUGAAGAUGAAAGAGGGAAGGGUUGGUUUGGCGGUGGACGCAUGUCUUGCUCUCAGUGCCGAGUAG